AUAAAUUUAUCAUUGGCGAGUGUGGAGUGUAAGAGCGGGCAAAGAAAACGCAUGUGUCUUAACCGCACCUCUACGUUUGGGACAAACACUGCAUCUCCCUCUUCAGCCCCUUUAGUAGCUUCACUCUCAGUCACAUUGCUUGAUCUUGCUCACUUAGGCGCAAUAAGCCCCUGCUACGGGGUAAAUAAACAUUACGAAUUUAGAAUUGUAUUAUUAGGGCAACGGAUUCGAGAAUCGAGACGAUUAAACUAACCAUUCCAGAUCGAGCGGGCGAGCAUUGAUCGCAUCUCGUUUUCUCUCUACCUCGCUUGCCUCAGAUCUGUGCUUACGCCUCUCGAGUUUGUUCUAUUUAUUCUAUCAAAACCUGCUACAAUAACAGCAUAUUCAGAAACAGACUUGGCACAUUAUAUAUCAUCUUCUAAUGAAUAAACAGCAGCUGAGCUGAUGGUGUACCUCUUAUCUGCAAAAAUUAUUGUGGACUUGAGUUUCUUGAUCUUCAGAUUGGAGAGCAUCUGUUAGAUUUUUAGCCAGAUUGGAGAGCAUCUGUUAGAUUUUUAGGCAGAUUGGAGGCCUGCUAGCCAAAUCGCAAAGUGUCAUAGAAGAAAAGAUGAAGAUCAGCAAACAACUUGUGUUGACGUAUAUAUAUCUCUUUGUCUAUAUAACACUUUCAUCAGGAGUUAUUUUGUAUAACAAGUGGGUUCUUUCACCAAAAUAUUUCAAUUUCCCAUUACCAAUUACACUUACAAUGAUUCAUAUGGGCUUUUCAGGCUUAGUAGCUUUCCUUCUUAUCCGUGUCUUCAAGGUUGUAUCGCCUGUCAAAAUGACAUUUGUAAUAUAUGCGACGUGUGUCAUUCCCAUUAGUGCUUUCUUUGCUUCAAGUCUUUGGUUUGGGAACACAGCUUAUCUGUUCAUUUCUGUAGCCUUUAUCCAGAUGCUGAAAGCUCUAAUGCCAGUGGCCACCUUUGUCAUGGCUGUUAUUUGUGGAAUUGACAAGUUAAGAUGCGACAUAUUCAUGAACAUGGUGCUGGUCAGUGUUGGCGUUGUAGUAUCCUCCUAUGGAGAAAUUCACUUCAAUGUAGUUGGUACAGUGUAUCAGGUCACUGGAAUAUUUGCUGAGGCUCUUAGGCUGGUCUUAACUCAAGUUCUGCUUCAGAAGAAGGGAUUAACUCUCAAUCCUAUCACCAGCCUAUAUUACAUAGCUCCUUGCAGCUUUGUCUUUCUUUUUGUCCCGUGGUAUCUUCUGGAGAAGCCUGAGAUGGAAGUCUCACAAAUUCAAUUCAACUUCUGGAUUUUCUUUUCAAAUGCACUUUGUGCUCUUGCUCUGAAUUUCUCAAUUUUCUUAGUGAUUGGUAGAACUGGUGCUGUAACCAUCCGAGUUGCCGGUGUCUUGAAAGAUUGGAUACUUAUUGCCCUCUCAACUCUAAUUUUUCCAGAGUCGACAAUAACCACUCUUAAUAUUACAGGCUAUGCCAUUGCAUUAUGCGGUGUUGUGAUGUAUAACUACUUGAAGAUGAAGGACGUUCGAGCUGUUCAACUUCCUGUAGAUAGUGUUACUGAACGAACAGCUAAGGAACUUAAAAUGGAGAAGAAGUCAUUCGAUCUGUAUGUGUCAGAUGAUAUUGCUAAGAACGGUGGAGGAAAAGGUACAAGGAAUGGUUCUCCGGAUUCAACAGUGGAUGAGGAAGCACCCUUUAUUCCUUCAACUAGGGUCUCUCAUCUUGGGCGAAGCCCACUUAGCAGCCACUCUGCAUGAGAACCGUUAAUCCUUUAAAUGCCAUCUUGAAUUCAUUUGUUAGAAUCAGAGUAUCAAGCAGAUUGAUGAGAGCGGGUCUUGUGCAUACGCCCUCCACCAUUUUGGUAAGAGUUGCAUUUCUUUGCAAAGUACUACCUCCAUUAACCUUGAUAUUAGUUAUUUAUUGUAAUAUUGUUUUAGGGUUUAUGAUGCUCAAUGAAAUAUUGAUUUUUUUAACCUCAUAUAAUACUCUUCUCAAUCCCACAUAGGUAGAGAUAGGCCUAUGCGCAACAUCCAUUGUUGAGUUAUUUGAUUAUGCCUUGGGAAAGAAAAUGUUAGCCGUAAAUUUUUAGCCGAAAUUUUCAUUGUGCCAUGGAGCAACUUACUGGGACUUAGGUGUAGAACUUGACAGUACUUGAAGGCUCUUUGUAUGGGUCUCUUACACUAAACUGAGUUAUGUAUCCAGUUGUUUUCUUUCUUUGUGGAGAAACUUAAGUAACUGCUAAUGUGGGUUAACAUGAAAGGUUCAAUUU